UGGCGUCUGCUGGUGAGAAACACCUAGUACAGGUGAAAGGGUGGCGGUGAGAGGAAGUUCCCACCGGUUGAGUUCUUAAAGCCAUGAAGACACAAGAAAAAUAACAAGGAGUGGCCAAUUGGAGUCUUUUGGACUUGCCUGGAGCUCCACCCUCGUCCAGAGGAAAAGCCCCUCGGGAGCGAGGCGGGAGCAUCAGACAAGCGCGAGAAAAGCGCCUGUGCGCGCUUCACCUCUGCGCAGCGGGUGCGGGGCGGCGACCUGUCCUUUGGGCUGGCCAUGGCGGCUGCAGGAGCUGUGCGCUCGCGGAGUCCAGCCCUUGGCCUUCCGCACCUACUGACCCUAGCGAUCCUUGCGCUUGCCUGCGAUGCGUGUAAAGAAGUGACCCUUCAGGUCCCCUCUGAACUACCUGCUGAGAAAUUUGUUGGCCGAGUGAACCUGAAGGACUGCCUUACAUCGGCAAAUCUAAUUCAUCCGAGUGAUCCUGAUUUCCGAGUCUUAGAAGACGGUUCUGUGUACACAACCAGUUCUGUUGUUUUGUCCUCGGGCCAGAGAAGCUUUACUAUAUGGCUUUUCAACUCGAACAGCCAAGAAGAAAGAGAGCUAUCUGUCCACUUAGAGGGUCCAGCAGAGGUACUAAAUAAGAAACUGCAUGCAGAGAAAGUCCUCAGCCGUGCCAAGAGAAGAUGGGCUCCUAUCCCCUGUUCCAUGCUGGAGAAUUCUUUGGGUCCUUUCCCCUUGUUUCUUCAGCAGAUCCAAUCUGAUACGGCUCAAAACUACACCAUAUACUAUUCCAUCAGUGGCCCAGGAGUUGAUAGAGAACCUCGAAACUUAUUUUAUGUGGAAAGAGAUACUGGAAACCUGUAUUGCACUGGUCCCGUCGAUCGUGAGCAGUAUGAGUCCUUCCAGCUGACCGCGUUUGCAUUAACUCCUGAUGGGUAUACACCAGAGUACCCACUGACCCUCAUCAUUAAGGUAGAAGAUGAGAAUGAUAACUACCCGAUUUUUACAAAGACGCUAUACAGUUUCACGGUUUUGGAAAACAGUGCAGUUGGCUCUGUCGUGGGGGAGGUCUGUGCGACUGACAACGAUGAGCCCGAUACAAUGCACACUCGGCUGAGGUACUCCAUCCUGGAGCAGUGGCCUUCUCCACCCACCUUGUUUUCUAUGCAUCCCACUACUGGGGUGAUCACCACCACGUCAUCCCAGCUGGACAGAGAGUUAGUUGACAAAUAUCAGUUGAAAAUAAAAGUACAGGAUAUGGAUGGCCAGUAUUUUGGUCUGCAGACAACAGCAACCUGCGUCAUUACUAUCGGAGAUGCGAAUGACAACUUGCCAACAUUCACCCGCACUGUUUAUGUGGCAACAGUAGAAGAAAAUACAGUUGAUGUGGAAAUCUUACGUCUUACUGUUCAGGAUAAAGAUUUAGCUAACUCUCCUAAUUGGAGAGCGAAUUACACCAUUUUAAAGGGCAAUGAAGAUGGAAACUUUAAAAUUGUAACAGAUGCCAAAACCAACGAAGGCAUUCUGUGUGUGGUUAAGCCUCUGAACUAUGAAGAACGGCAGCAGGUGACCCUGCAAAUUGGCGUAGCCAAUGAAGCCCCGUACACUAGAGAGGCUAGUGCAAGGUCAGCCAUGAGUACAGCCACAGUGACUGUCACCGUGAAAGAUGUGGAUGAGGGCCCUGAGUGUAUCCCUUCAACACAAACUGUGCGGAUUCGAGAAAAUGUACCAGUUGGUACCGUAAACGAUGGGUAUAAGGCAUACGACCCUGACAAUAGACACAGCAGUGGUAUAAGGUACAGGAAGUUAAGUGACCCAAGAGGGUGGGUUGCUGUUAAAGAAGACUCAGGAUCAAUCUCCAUUUCCCGAACCCUGGAUCGAGAGGCUGAGACCGUCAGAAAUGGCAUCUAUAAUAUUACAGUCCUUGCAUUAGACACAGAUGGGAGAAGCUGUACCGGAACUCUGGGAAUCAUACUUGAAGAUGUGAACGACAAUGGCCCAUUCAUACCCAGGCAGACAGUGGUGAUAUGUAAGGCCACCAGGUCCUCUGCUGAGAUUGUUGCAGUUGAUCCCGAUGAGCCAGUGAAUGGCCCGCCAUUUGAUUUUAGCUUGGAGAGUUCUGAUUCGGAAGUCCGGAGGAUGUGGAGGCUCGUGAGGAUUAAUGAUACAGCAGCUCGUCUUUCCUAUCAGAACGACCCUUCAUUUGGAUCCUACGUAGUUCCCAUCCGAGUUACAGACAGGCUUGGUCUGUCCUCAGUCACUUCGCUGAAUGUCAUCAUUUGUGACUGCAUUACUGAAAGUGACUGCACAGUCCGCUCAGGAGAAAGGACCGGCUAUGUAGGCAUGAGACUUGGACCGUGGGCUAUUCUUGCUAUACUGUUGGGCAUAGCCUUGCUGUUUUGUAUCCUGUUUACAUUAGUCUGUAGUGUUUCCCAGGCAACAAAACAUCAGAAAGUUCUUCCUGAUGACUUAGCGCAGCAGAACCUAAUUGUAUCAAACACGGAGGCUCCUGGAGAUGACAAAGUUUAUUCCACAAAUGGUUUCACAGCCCAAACCGUGGGAGCUUCUGGGCAGGCAGCCUUUGGCACCUUGGGAGCAGGAGUCAAAGGUGGAGGGCAAGAGACCAUUGAGAUGGUGAAAGGAGGGCACCAGACCUUGGAGUCCUGUGGGGCUGGCUGUCACCACCACACCCUGGACCCCUGCAGAGGAGGACACGUGGAGGUGGACAACUACAGAUACACUUACUCCGAGUGGCACAAUUUCACUCAGCCCCGACUCGGUGAAAAGGUGCAGUUGUGCCAUGAGGAUGGCAAUCAAAAUCUCGCUCAAGACUAUGUCGUCUCUUACAACUAUGAAGGAAGAGGCUCACCUGCUGGCUCCGUGGGUUGCUGUAGUGACCAACAGGAAGAAGAUGGGCUUGAGUUUUUGAACCAGUUGGAACCUAAAUUUAGGACAUUAGCAGAAAUAUGUGCAAAGAGGUGAAGAACUUCUAACAGGGUAACAAAACUAAUGGAUUUUUUUUUUUUUUACUGGUCCCUC